AUGCCUAACCUCACAGAUAUCGCUCUCCCGGGCCUUGGCUAUGGUAUCCAAAAAUGGGCUGUCACUCUCCCAAACAAAAUUGCCAUCCGACAUUCUGCGCGUCAAGUUACAUACCAGCAAUUGGAUUCCCUAGCGAAGUAUAUUGCCCUUCAGCUCGUCAAAGGCGGACUGUGCUACGAGGAGCCUGUCGGUAUCCUCACCGGUCAUGGCAUCAACCACAUUAUUGCUCAGGUAGCCGUUUUAUACGCUGCCGGCACCUGUCUGCCCCUAGACCCAGAACUUCUGUCCGAUGACAUGCAGACAAGGUUGGACGUCGCCAAAGUCCGAUACCUCAUCACAGACACUGAACAUGAAGAUUCUCGCCUCUCUACGCAGACUCGAUUUCUUGUUUCUGCACCACCUGCUGAGCCACAUAGAAGCAAUGGCGGAGACAGCGAAAAUGACAAGGAGGUGACCAUUCCAGCUCCUGUGCGAGCGGACCACCGCUCCCACAUUCUCUUCACUUCUGGAACAACAGGUGUUCCUAAAGGCGUUGAAGUUCCCGGGAGAGGUAUUCUACGUCUGGCCAGGGACAAACUGUGCUUUCCUAGCCCGAAUGAGGAAGUUCUUGGCCACAUUAAUAGUGUUGGCUUUGAUGUUUCGUUGCUCGAUAUAUUCGGCGCCCUUCUCAACGGCUCUACCAUUGCGGUACUCGACCGUCAGCAGGCACUGAGCCCCGAGAUCUUCGCUAAAGCCCUUAGGAGCUUGGGCGUAACCUCGAUGUUCUUGACCUCAAGCCUCUUUAAUAUCAUCGCCAUUGCCUGUCCGUCGGCAUUCUCUGAGAUGAACACUCUAAUGGUUGGUGGCGAGCCACCAGGUGUCAAAGCUCUACAAACCGUCUUUCAUAACGGGCCGCCGAAACGUAUUGUUAACGGUUAUGGCCCAACGGAGUCCACAGUCUUUGCUGUAUGCCACUGCAUAACACGAGAGGAAGCCGAUGCGGGGAAACUCUUCAUUGGAAAAGCAAUCCUCGAAACUGAAGUUUACAUCCUCGAUCACGACAUGAAGCCUGUCGAGGGACAGGGUCAGGGAGAACUAUACAUCGGAGGAAAUGGCCUCGCUCGGGGUUACUUGAAUAACGAGGGGAAGACUCGUGAGGCUUUUGUGAGGGCUCCCGGGUUGGGCAUCAACGGCAAGGACGUCUUACUCUACCGGACAAGAGAUAUUGUUAAACGCAAUCGUGAUGGGAAUAUUAUCUGGAUGGGUCGCAAGGACCGUGAGAUCAAGAUACGCGGGUACAGAGUUAACCUCGACAUCGUCGAGGCCAAUCUUUUGGAUACCCACCUAGUCAAAGUCGCCGUGGCUAUGAAGAUCCAGCCUCCUGGCCAGAUUGCCGCUUCGCUCGUUGCAUGCGUCUCCCUCGAGGAGUCCAUUAACAUCCAGGCACUGCACCUUAACCUCAAGAAGCGUCUCCCCGCUUAUAUGAUCCCGCAAAUUGUGGUCAUAGAUAAAAUCCCACUCAAUCGGAACGGCAAGGUUGAUCGGCACAAGAUAUCCCAGGACCUGGCAGAAACUAUCCGAAAUAAUAUUCGGGAUGGCAAACUGUGCACCGAUACGUUGUUGCUGGAUAGCAAGCUUUCUAUUGUAGAGAAGCGCCUUGCGUCGGUUUGGCUCCGAAUCCUAGGUACCGUCUCGCCGUCUAGUAUCACCCACGAGGCAGACUUUUUCCACCUUGGUGCCACCUCGCUUUCUGCAGCGGCAUUAAUUGCAGAGGUCCGCUGUGAGUUCAACGUGGUACUUACCGCACGAGCCGUCUACGAGCACCCGACCCUUCGUGCUCUAGGGGCCGUCAUUGAAAAGGGCGGAGCAGAUGAGUUCGGUCGCAUUGAGGAGGUCGUGGCCCAGUGCAGGCGAGAUGCUGGACUCUGGCGGCGAGUCAAUUGGUCCACCGACACUCCACAUGUUACGGACUGGAGAGCGAAAGAUGAAGGAAAGGUCCUUAUCACUGGCGUCACUGGGUUCGUUGGCGCCUUCGUCGUCUCGGAAAUGCUAGCGCUGGAAGAGGUCAAAAGUAUCAGGUGUCUCGUUCGCUCCCCCUCAGCCGAAGAGGGCUACAAACGGUUAUUAAAGAAUCUCGAAAAGUACAACCUUGGCAAGCUUCCCAGAGACCACUUAUCCAAACUGGAGGUCAUCAGCGGAGACUUCGCCCACCCGAGGCUCGGUUUAAGCGAGGAUGAUUUCGACGCCCUAGCAAACUGGGCAAGUGUUGUAUUCCACAUGGGCGCCCAGGUCAAUUAUAACCAGCCCUACUCUGCGCACCGAUCAGCUAACGUCCUCGGAACUCUGCACAUGGUGCAAUUAUCAUUGAGUGGCAGGAUCAAACCUUUCCACUACACCUCUAGCAUCGCGGCCUACGGCCCGACUCGCUUUGCUAAACGUCAGCUUAUUUCCGAGGAUGAGCCUAUCGCGCCAUUCAUCGAGACUUCAGUUCCCUAUGAAGGUGGCUACGGGCAGAGCCAGUGGGUUGCGGAUGAGAUCGUCUCUAAACUCAUGCUGGCGGGUCUCCCCAUCGCCAUCUACCGGCUCGGAUUCGUUCUAUGCGAUAGCAAAACCGGAACAGGCAACCCGGAUGACUUCGUCAGUAGACUGUUGAAAGACUGCAUGGAGCACGGAACUUACCCUCUUCUCCGCAACCAGCGCAAGGAAUUGGUCCCGGUCGACUACGCAGCCUCUGCUAUACUUGCCAUCUCCAAGUCCCAGACCAACCUAGGCAAAGCCUACCACAUCUGUCCAGACGUUGACAAAUCUCUCGACGUCAUAGAUUUGUUUGAGAUGGUGGCACGGAUCCAGAACCUCGAGCUCAGGGGUCUCGAAUACCCAGAAUGGGUGGAGCGGGUGAAGAAGACUACUACCGUCGGCUCUGGUUCGCGGCUCGAGGCGUUGAUUCCUAUGUUAGAGGAGAAGGUUUACGGCGAUAUGACGCGGUGGGAAGUCUAUGAAGACAUGGCGCGCUUCAAGUCGGAUAACACCUCGCGCGCACUCGGCAAAGAUAACAACGUCUUCUGUACACACAUUGACGAGGUGGUCCUCAGACGAUACCUCGAUACUUUGCAGUAGGUGCGGAACUAGCAGGGCCAAGGGGGGCGGGGGAACCUCGCGAGGCAAAGUAUAACCGACUCCCAGGUGCUGUAAGUUACAAGCGAUAGCAACUAUUUCAUUAUGUCUAUGAAGCGUAUAAAAUCCCAGUUAAGGCACGCAAUGCGAAGGGUAAAUCCGCGGUCCUCCUCCCUCCCUUUCGUCCCCCUCUAGUCGGCCCUAAUCGUCUCGCCGUCUCGAUCGCGUCCUCCCCCCCCUCGUCUUCCUCCGCACAGCCACCGCGACCCCCCUCCUCGGCGCCUCAGGUGCUGGCGCCGGUGACGGGGCAGA